AUUUCUUGAUUUUCUUGAAAAAUCCUCCAUCAAGCAAGGCAAAAGAGGCAACAGAAUGCAAAAACAAAUGAUGAACAGAUCAGAAAAUAUCAAAAGAAUUGUCCGCAGCAGACGCGGAAAUUCUCCGUGGUGCAGACGUGGCACGUUGGUGGGGUGCGCAUGAAUAAACGGAUGUGCUCCGCUCGAUUUUUCCACCAUCAGAUAUUUUUAUAUUGGUUAUCGCAGUGGAAGCGAGCUGGUUGCCGUCCAGUGUGUGUGAAUCUCAAGUCCAACAGUGGAAUCUCAAGGAGUGCAAAAGCCGGCUGAUGAAGUGCUUGUGAAAAGUGCGUGAGAAAUCCCGGCGAAAGAUACUCAUCCCUCAUCCGCAGGGCAGCAGCAGCAUCCCUUCCACGCAACUCAAGUUUGUUUAGGCGUGACACCGUGCAAAGGGUGUGCGGAAGGGGCGCCCCCCACGGGGGGUGGGUUGACGUGUGGAAAUUCCCCAACGAGAAGAUUCUCUCACAUUGAACACACGAGGGAUGCUCGACAGUCUGCCGCCAAGUGAAAUGUCCCCAUCCGUCGUUGUUGUAUUGUGGUGUUGGCAAGUGGCUGCUGUUCCGCCGAGAGGAAUCUCACGACGGUGGCAGUGAGGGGAUUCAUCAGAGCAUCCCCCAUAGCAAAAGCAUUUGGACAGUUUAUCAUGAUUCACUGCCAAAAGGUGUUGGAAUUCCUUGAGACUCCCACUAAUAGCUGAGAAUGGAAAGUGGAGAAACUUAGCUGACUGAUGGUUUUCUACGAGCGUCGAUCAAUUUUGGUGCUCUUCAUUGGGCUGCUUCUGUGCAUUACCAUCUGGCGGGCAUCCCAGCCCCAAUUGGUGCCAACGACUGAACUCACCUUUCGCUAUGGCCUUCCUCCUCAACAUGCGGCAUCUGGUGGUAAUGCCACGAAUCAUCCCAACGGCAUUGCCACCCUCCUGGCAACGUUGGAUGAUGAUCCACCACAGCGGGAUAAGCACAAAUUGAUUGAUUUAGUGAAUUUUGAGUAUAUCAUCGAGCAGAAGAGCUGCAGUGAGCUCCAUGUGCAACCAUUGGUGCUCAUACUUGUGCACAGUGCCCCGGGGAAUGGGGAGAAGAGGGCACUGAUAAGGCGAACAUGGGGACGAGACGAUGUGCGGGCGCGUCUUCUCUUCCUACUCGGUGCUGUUGCGUCCCCAAAGGUGCAGGGGGAGCUUGAGGUGGAGAAUGCGCGGCAUGGGGAUCUGGUUCAGGGGAACUUCAUUGAUGCCUACCGGAAUAUGACGUAUAAGCAUGCAAUGGCACUCAAGUGGUUUACCUAUAGCUGCCCUGAGGCACAUUUUCUGCUCAAGACAGAUGACGAUGUGUUCGUGAAUUCCCCAACGAUGUUUGACUUCCUGGAGAAUGGGGUGGAUCGUCGGAGGUUGGUGGCGUGCUACGAGGUGCAGGAGGCACGCGUGAAACGUAGUUACCGCUCAAAGUGGCGCGUUAGUACGAAGGAAUACCCCGGGAAGUACUAUCCGGCCUACUGUCCGGGUUUCUCGAUAAUCUACUCCCCGGAUGCCGUUGUGCUGCUCUACCGGGAGGCACAGCGGAAUCCCUACUUCUGGAUUGACGAUGUCCACGUCACGGGGACACUGGUGCAGAAGACAAAUAUGACAAUUACACCCCUUAAUCCACUUUUUCUCACACGUACACAAAUGAACAGUAUUGUCAAUGGAAGACUGAAUGCCACAAGCUCCCUGUUCUUCUUCACAAUUCCCGAUUUGAAGGAAUAUGAAAUUGUCACACUCUGGAAGAUUGUUACAGAAAGGUAAUUCUCUCAUAUUUUCCUUAUCUUCUCUUUUUUUGUAACGCCUCUUAUACCUACAUUGAAAUACCUACAAUUGUAUGUGAUGCUCGUUGUUCACGAGAGGAUGACAUAUCAACAUGAAAGAAAGAAAGAAAAAAACAAGAGAGGGGUACAUAUUUAUUGUGAAUUUGCCAUUCCUGAAGGCCAAACGUGUGUGUUGGGGGUUGGGAAUGAGGGGGUGGAAAAUUCAACAGACUCACUACACCUGUUGCGAAAUAAUAUACAUAACAAUGUGCUAAACUUUAAAUGCAACUCCCUUGUUGCAAUGCCAUAUAAAAUGUUUGAGAGAGAGAAUGAGGAGAAGAGAGACGAAGGAAAUGGAAGAAAAGGAAAAUCGAAAAUAUGUAUCGUACACACACCCACCCACAACCCCCUCAAAACCACAUUAAAAAUAAUUAAAAACUCCUCGAUUUUACCAACAAAUUAAAACAAUAAUUUAAUUUGCAAAAUAAUUAUUUUUUAAUACCUUCUCUGUACAGAAAAAACAUCAGAUUUUUUUUUAUAUUCAAUGCAAUGAGAAAAGUAUAUAUUUGCGCAUAAAUUAAAUGAGUUUCAAACUGCUAUUCCAUCGUGGAAUUUGAUACAAUCACACCACACGUGACAACAAUGAAUUAUGAUUUCAUUUUUUCUCCCACUCGCCCUGCAUGCAAAAGGGAGUUUUUGAUUAAAUAAAAAAAAUGUAAAUUAUCACUCAAACUACAUUUAAUUGCAAUGCACGUAAAAUACAAUGAAACACCCGCUGUUUAUCCAGUUAUAAGCCCCAAAGUAGUUAUUAUGCAUUUGAGAUUAGAAAGAAAUAUUUAUUAUUUUCACCUCAAGAAUUAACCACUAAUUAGAUUUUUUUUUUUCAUAAAUGUUUCAAACAAUGUGUUAAAAAUUAACAAAACACUGAAAUACAAAUUAAUUUUUUGAAUAUUAUCUUUUCAUGCUCAAUGAAUUUAAUCUCUAUUUUUAAUUUAUAUUUUCCAAAGCUCUAAAAUGGUAUGAAAAUAAAUAAUUUUGAGUACGUAUUUACAGCACAAUUUUAGGGGGGCAAUGACAGAAAAAAACAACAGUGUGGGAGGUUGAUAAAAAAUAAUUACAUUUCAAGUCAAUAAAAUUCUGUAACAAUAAAUUAAUUAAUUUUACAGAAUUUUAUUUUAUUGAAUUUUUUCCUGGGAAUAGCAGUUUUCCAGAGAAUUUUUUUACAGAGAUUUUCAAUUAGUGGGAUGUUUUUUUUUUGCUCAAUAUUAAAUGGAAUUUUUAUUAAAAGAAGGAGUCUAUUCAUUAUUGUGCGUGACAUGUAUUCUUUCGAAGAUGAACUUAAGAGCAAGAGAUUUUUUUAUCUUUAGGAUCUGUUGAAAAAAAAAACAGAAACUUUUGUUUAAAAUUUGUAAAACCUGGUCCAUUUUUUGCUGCAUAAAGCAUAUGCUUCUUUGCUUUAAAUUAUUAUUAUUUUUUAAAUCAAUUCGGAUACUGACAAAUAUGCUAUGUAAUGUGUAAGAAUUAUUAUUUUGCCAUAAAAAUUGGAUUAGGACAUCGAUUUAUAUGCCUUACGUGAGUAUGCUUCAAUGCAAGUCUUAGAAGAUAAGAGUCAGUGCUUAAUUAAUUCAAUGAUUUUUUUUUCUAUUUGAAAACAAUGAUCAAAGCACUGAUAUAAAUGCUUUGUGCACUAAUAGGUAUAAAAAUUAUGCAUGAGUUUUCAAUACAAUGUUUUCUUAUUUUCAAAAUCAAUCAAACUGAAGCAUAUGCUGCACCUUAUUUCAAGAGUAAUCACAGCUAAAUGAAGAACAAUGAUAUCGUAGUUUUUUUUAUCUAUUUGAGAAGUCUUACCUGUUAUUUUCAAGAAAAUAAUAAUCAAGAAUAAGAUCAUUGAGCAUUAAGCAAUAACGCGUAUGCUUUUUUAUGCAUAAAACGAAAUAAAACUUUUUUUUUAUCUUGAAAAAUCAAUCAAACUGACGGGUAUACUUUUUUUUUACUUUCAAAAGAAUAAAUUAUAUAAAUAACUUUCAGUGCUUCUAUCAAUAGAUUUUCAUCUAGACGAAUUGAUCGUUUGACGCAUAUGUUUUAUGCAUUGAAAGGGAAAAUGAAGAACAAUGAAAAUGUUUGUUAUUUUUGCUAAUCUAACCCGAGUUUAUCAAGCUAAUCAUAGGAGAAUGAAAAUCAGAAUCAAUACCAUUGGAUGAAGCAAUGACGCAUAUGCUUUUUAUGUAAAUUUUCGUAAAGCUUUUGUUUCACAAUUGAUUCAGAGGAAAAUUUGACUUUUUUUUUUAACUCUGUUCUCCGUGGGUGUCUUCGAUAAGUUCAUACAACUAUCAAAAGUGAAUAGACUCCUUUUCAUUUUAUUAAAUUCCUUAAACAUUAUGCAACGAGCAAUUCGCAUAAAUUGAAACGUCUCUGCUUUGUAAUUUACUUUAAGGCAUUCUUUAACAUCCGCACACAUUUCUCUCAAGUUUCUUUUUUAGUUAGAAUAAAACAGUUAGAUAUUAGAAUUCUAUAUUCUAUGGGUUUCAUAAUAAGUUAGUUAAUAAAUAAUUAUUUUUUGAAUGUUUUUUUUUUCAUGGAGUGAUGAGUAAUUUAUAGUCAAAGAAGUAAAUCAAUAUUUCAUUGCAUAUCAUUAUUAAUUUAUAAAACCUCAUCACUAUUUUAUUCAAACACGUACAUUUUAUUGUAAUUUAAUGAGAUACUGCUCAGUUCUUUUCUUAUGCCAUACGCACCACAUUAAAACAAAAUCGAGAUUUCCAUCACAAACACGUGGUGGUUGUCGGACGUUAUGAUAUCUCAAAGUAAAAUUGAAGAGUUCAGUGUGUGUACAACAAGAAGGUGAAGCAACGCGGUGAUUAAAACGCUUAAUAAAACUUAAAAAUAAAAAUCAUUUUGCAAUUUGAUGACCAUUUCUGCGGUGUCUGACGUAAGAGAUGAAAAAUAUGACAAAAAAUAAAACAGAAAAAGAAGGAAAAAUGGUCAGUGCAUAUAAAAUUAUCCAAAAAAAAAACAAUGAGUAUCAGUGAAAAGUUAUCUAAUAUUGUAAAAUUUAUGUUUUUAAUUUAAAGAACUGCAUAAUGCAAGAUGUGAUGUUUUAAUAAAAUAAAAAUAUAUAAUAAUAAUGGUGUGUGAAUAUAUAGGUAGAUAAUAAAAUAAAAGCUCUAAUAUGUAACGCAUUUUGCAAAAGAAAAAUGAAUAUUUAGUAAAAAAAAUUGAACUUUUGGCACUUUCAGAAUUUAAAGUUUUGUUUUCUUAUUAUUUAUGUAUUAUAUAAUUUUUAUUAAAGUAUUAUUUUACUGAGAAAACAUAAAAAUAUUUAAUAAAAUUUUCCUUCUAACCAUAAAAAAUCAAAGAAAAACUUAAAUUAAUAAAACUCUUAUUUCUUUAACUAAAUUCGCAGCUAGAACUUUAUUUCCUGAACCUGCCUCGUAGUUCAGACAUUUAUUAUGAUAGGAAAUGGAAGAUAUUUAAAAAUUUGUAGGCUCUAUGGUAUAAAUGUAAUUAUAUUGUGUAAAUACGAUGGCGUGUUGGUGAUUUUAUGUGCUGAAAGGGAGAGAAAUGUUAGUCAUUAAUUUUUUUCUAUUAGUCAGAUUGGAACGGGUAAAGUAAAUACAAAUAAUAGUUUUUCUUAACCUCUAAAAUAGUAAAAAAAAAUCAUCUAAACAUAGAAAUUUAUCUUUUAUAAUUUAAUCUUUUUUAUUAACUUCUCAAUUCAAUUUUUUUUUAUAAAAAAAAAAUAAAUAAAUAAAUUUCUCAUAGUUGUCAUGCAAUAUCCAGUUGCCAUAUAAGAUUUAUCUUACAUAAAAAAGGAAAAAAAAUCUCAAGUAAAAAAUUCAAUUAAAAACAAAUAUUAUAUCAACAAACACUUAAAAUCUCCCUUAAAAAAAAUGCGUAAAUGUAUUAGUAAUUAUAUAGAAUUUUAUUAUAAAGAAAAAAAUUAAUUACCUGUAACAAAUAUACUAAAAAUAAAAUAUAUUAGCUAAAUGAAACAAAAUAAAAAAUAAUCAAAUGUAGAACGUAAGAAGGAAAAAUCAAUGAAAAAAAACUUUAAAAAUGAGCAGAAUUUAGUGGAAAUUUUUCCAAAAGCAAAAGGUACUUUUGGGUAGAAAUGAUUGGGAUAAAUUAUAUAUUUAGAACAACAAAAUGGAACCAUAUUUAGAAAUAAUUUGUAAAUAACAAAGAAGAAGGAAAAAAUACAAAAUUUAGAAUGUUUUGACAUUCUCAUAAAGAUCAACAACAAAAAAAAAGGAAUCUUUAAAUUAUUAUUGCAUUUACACUUCAAAAUAGCGAUGAUUAUAAAAAAGAAAAAAAUAAUAUAAACAUACCCUUUACCUAAUAUAUUAAUUCUUUUACUUGUAAUACCAAAAAAAGAACAAGAAGAAGAAAAAACAUUUACUGACCUGCAGAGAUAUUCCAUUUAUUCUCAACAAAUAUAAUUGCAGAAAUUCUAUAUUUAAUGACCCUGUAACGUCUCAUGUACUUAGAGAGAGAAAGAGAGAGAGAGAGAGAUGGUACCAAAUUUUUGGAGAUAUUAAAUCAAUAUAUUAACGAUAUAUUAAACGAUGAAUAGGAUGGUAUAAUUUCUUUUAUUUAAUCCGCGGAAAAUUCAAUCAACAUUGGGAUUUUUAAAAGUGAGGUUAGUGCAAGAAACUGAUUAAAUUAAUUUUGAUUUUAUUAAAUCGAGUUUAAAGAAAAUCGCAAAAUAAUAAAUUUAAAAAUACUUUUAAAUCUUUAACUACAGACUUGUUAAAAUCGGAUCAUUUCAUUGGGGUUUGUUUUAAUUUUCAGAAAGCCCUUGUUUCUGUUUCAAAACUAAAAGAAUUUUUGAUCUAUUCAAAUAUACUUUGCACUGAGACUGCACCAGUUUGGAGCUUAAUUCUCUUGUUGAAAUAUUAAUGAAUAAAAAGAAGAAUCAAAAUUCUCCCUGAUUGGUUGCAAAAUCAAUCAAAGUAUUCAUUGGUUUAUUCAUGGCAACUUCUAGUUUUUAUUUAGGAGCUUCGGUGCAAAAUUGGGGUCAAUUCUGUCAAAAAACUUUUCCAAAAAAUUUAAAAUUUCCUACAAGAUUUUGGCAGUUGAUAUUUUUAAAUCGUUCUGUUCCAUAAAAUGAAAACAAAGAAUUUUUUUCACCAGGAAAUAGCCAGAAAGAUUUUUAAAGGGCCCUGGAAAAGUAAUAUUUUUGGAAUACCAAAAUCUUAUAACUGACGAAUUGUAAGGACAGAAAAGGAAAGAUAUUAAACAGAAUCGACCCCUUUAUUUGUUUAAUUUUCACAUGUUCCGCGAUUUUGAGAACUUUCUGGUAAUUCAUAAUAAACUUUAAAUUGAAAAUCAAAACAAUAAAGCUUAAUUUUGUGACUAAAAAACCUAUAAAUAUCCCAUGUUGAUUAGGGUAAAUGUUUAAUAACAUUUUAGCAACUACAUUAAAAUGAAAAUAUUUAUUUAUUUUAAUUUUUUAUAAUUUGCGCAAGAAAAAAAAACAUUUUAAUGCCUACAAUUUUGUGAUUUUUAUUUGCUUUAAUAAUUUUUAAAUUGUCAAUUUUUUUCUUAAAAUUCUCGCAACGAGUACCGCAUAACAAAGAUUUUUAAAGAUUUUUUUGAGCUGAUUUCAAAAAAAAUGUGACUUAAUUGAGAAGGAAUUAAUUUGCUUAGAAAAGAAAAGAAAAUUUUUGAAAAAAAAUCGUGCAAUUGGUGUCAGGCGUGGGAUACAUUUAAUGGAAAAAAAAUGCUGAAAAUUCUUCAACAUAAUAAGAAAGAAGAAAAUAGAUGAAGGAAAGUUUAUGAAUAAUAAAAACUAAGAUUAUGCUGAUUGCACGAUUUGGUAGGCAAUAAAAGGGCGUCUAAUUGACCAAAGGACUCACCCCAAAUCAUAUAAAAAGAGAAAAUCAUUUUUACAUCCAUUGGCUUAAGGAAGAAUCAAGGAAGAAUUCAAAAAAUAUUUUUUCCUUCAAUCAAAAAUAAAUAAUAAAACGAAUUAUUUCUUCUAUUCUUUUGUGCACAUUAAAAAGAAGAGGAAAAAGCAUUAUAAUUUUUAUCCUUAAAGAUGUGCAAAGAAAAGCUUAAAACAACAGUUUGAGAUGGAAGCAAAAAAAAAAGAAGAAAAAAAAAGACACUUUAAAAAAAUCACAGCUAAAAGGAUUAAAGAACUGACAAAAAAAAGUGUGAAGAGGAAAAAAAUAAAACAAUUAAAAGCGGAAAUUAUUUAAAUUGUUGUACCAUGAUUAAAAGAACUAUUUACAAUUUUUAAUGAGAGAAAAGAACUAUUGCAUUAAAUUGAAAGAAUUUACCAGUCGUA